GGAAAACAUUUUCUCCUAUUUUGUGGAACACAACACAUUUUCCGUCAUACCAAACACACCCUUAAGCAUUUCUUAUUUUUGUCCUUCCUGUCAAUAUCUAGUGUGUGUGUGUGUGUUUCUUUUAAUUCGGCUCCAGAUGAUUUAUAGCUUCAUUCGAAAGUAAUGUGAUUUAUAGCAUCAUUGGGAAGUAACGGUCCUUGAUGGCUUGAUGUUGCCGUUUACACGUGACGAAUAAUGGGAGGGAACAAGAGUUAUUCACCUCCACCUUAUAUUCCUUUGGAUCAGUCAGAUGCAGAAGCACUACAAGUUUCUACUACAGAACAAAACCAACAGGGCAAAAAUGAUGACCAUGCUCAGUGGAGUUCUGGAAUCUGUGCUUGUUUUGAUGAUCCACAGAGCUGUUUUAUUGGACUUCUUUGCCCUUGCUUUCUGUUUGGAAAAAACGCACAGUUCUUGGGAUCAGGAACCUUGAUGGGAUCAUGUACGACUCACUUUAUUUUGUGGGCACUUUUCAACUCAAUUUGCUGCUUCUUAACUGAAGGCAUUCUUCUCGGUUUGCCUGGAUGCUUUGUUGCAUGUUAUGCCUGUGGCUAUCGAAAGACACUGAGAUCAAAGUACAAUCUUCAGGAAGCCCCAUGUGGAGAUUUUGCGACACACUUUUUCUGCCACUUGUGUGCCAUAUGCCAGGAGUACCGAGAGAUCCGUGAAAGAUCUGGAGACUCAAACUCGUCUGAUCUUAGCUUAGUGGCAGUGACAGCCCCUCAAGUUCAGAAGAUGGAAACAACUCCUGCAAAUGAAAAAAUAUCCCAUUAAAAUCAUUUCGCAAUGCUGCCUUUUCCAGUACUUAGUCCAUCUUUGCAUUCUUUUAUUUUUGGUUUUUAUCGUCCACGUCUAAUAUAGGUUUCUGCAUUAAUUCUCUUGUAAUAUCUUGAUGUUAUGAAGGUGGGUACUAGUUCACUGCUGACUCUGUAUGCUUUCUUGUUGAGUUGGUAUAUACACAAGGAAAUUGCUAUGUCAUCUGUUUGGUAGGAAAGAAGGUUUUAGGAAAAGUAACUUCUGUAAAAAUUUCUGGAAAGAAAAUUAUUACGUAUAUUAUCUUUUCC